CAAUCACCUUGUUCUCCUCCUCCAUCAUCUUCUACAGAACAAAAAUAACUCAAAAUUUAAACCCAGAAUUUCUUAUUCUUUCUUUCAUUUAAUCAGAUUAUCGAUAGGGUGAAACGAAUAGAGAAUGAACAGGGAAGAUAUAAUGAAACAUCGGCAAUUCCUAGCCGAUAGGAGAUGCGUUUUCCCUCUCGUCAUAGCCGGCCUCAUCGCCGGAGCCAUACUAACCUCUAGUUUCAUAAAAGCCGCCGACUACUCGCUGUUAUGCUCCGUCUCCAACACCAGAUCAUCAGAAGCCGUUGCUGAUGUCUCCGUCGCCAACACCGGAUCAUCAUCUCAAGCCGUUGCUGAAGCCUCCGUCACGCCGAUCCAACUCCAAGCCAUCAUCCACUAUGCAACCUCGCGUAUCGUACCGCAACAAAAGUUCAAGGAGAUCUCCGUUACAUUCGACGUACUCAAGAAACGUUCGCCUUGUAAUUUCCUCGUCUUCGGACUAGGCUACGAUUCCUUGAUGUGGACUUCACUCAAUCCGAAUGGGCACACUAUAUUCCUCGAAGAGGAUCCGAAAUGGGUCCAGAAGGUGCUCAAAGAUGCGCCCAGCCUCCAUGCGCACCCCGUUAAGUAUCGUACGCAGCUCAAGGAAGCCGACGAUUUGCUCUCCCAUUACCGCUCCCAGAAGAAUUGUUUCCCAUCGAAAGCUUAUUUACGCGGCAACAAGAAAUGCAAGCUUGCCUUGACGGGGUUUCCCGAUGAGUUCUACGAUACGGAGUGGGAUUUAAUAAUGAUCGAUGCGCCGCGUGGGUUUUCCCCGGCGGCGCCCGGUAGGAUGGCGGCGAUAUUCUCGGCUGCUGUCAUGGCGAGGAACCGGAAAGGGACUGGCGUGACGGACGUGUUCUUGCACGACGUUGAUCGGAAGGUGGAGAAGACUUUCGCCAAGGAGUUUUUGUGUAGGAAAUACUUGAUCAAGGCUGUCGGUAGACUAUGGCAUUUCGAGAUACCGUCAGCCGCUAACAUGAGCAGCCACGGCGGCGCUCAGUUUUGCUAAAAUGCGCUCCUUUCUGCCAUGAUUCAUAUGUGUCGUAAUUCAAUCAUAAAUGAUAUACUU